UGGGAGGCAGUGAUUGGUCGGAGUGGAGCCGUGGUGACGUGCUGCGUGGACUUACUCCCACAGACUACAUGACAGAUACAGAACAUCUCUCGCGCUGCAGCCGGUCUCACCUGGCUGCCCUCCUGUCUGCUCCCUGGACUCUGUGUGUUUUUAUUUAAGGGGGUCAGACCUGGAGGAAGGAUGACCUCUCCUGAGACUAUGAACGACCUGCUGGGCUGCAGCUCGUCCGAGGAGGACUGUACCCGCGCGGAGGAGGAGAAGGAGGAGAGGAAGGAGACGUCUCCGGCGGUGCGUCGGCAUCACCCCUUCAGCGUGGAGGCGCUCAUGUCCGGGAGGAAGACUGAGGGAGAGUCCAGGCGGUGCUCAGCUGAGGUGUCGGUGUCCCCUCUGGGUCUGAGUUCCUUGUAUCUGUGCAGGGAGAGGUCCAGUCCUCCAGAUGGGAGCGUGAGGAGUCCAAACGCUGCGCCUUCGUCUCCAGUUAAAUCCGAGACCUCUGAGUCCGAGGAGUGCGCGUCCUGGGUCACCAGCAGCGCGUUCUCACAGCAGACCCGUCACAUCAGUCCCGCCUGUCCUCUGAGAAAACACAAGACCAACCGAAAGCCUCGCACCCCCUUCAGCACGUCCCAGCUCCUCGCCCUGGAGCGGAAGUUCAGGCAGAAGCAGUACCUGUCCAUCGCCGAGCGCGCCGAGUUCUCCUCCUCCCUGACCCUGACGGAGACCCAGGUCAAGAUCUGGUUCCAGAACCGCCGCGCAAAAGCCAAGAGGCUGCAGGAGGCCGAGCUGGAGAAACUCAAGAUGGCCGCAGACGCCAAGACGGCGGCGGUGGCGGCAGCUGCUGCUGGAGGUUUACACCCCGGGUUUACGUUACCUCUGACGCUGGGCGCCAUGACUCUAUACGGACAGUCUUACUCUGCGUACCAUCAACACCACCACCACCACAGACCCAUGCUGCCCAUCUCACCUCUGGGACUGUAUGCUGCUCCUCUGGGCUACAGCAUGUACCACUUAUCAUAAACAUGGAGAUAUGGGACUUUCAGUGAAUCAAGGAUUCCCAAAUAAUGGACGCUACAGACUGACUGACAUAUUUAAAUGUUUAUUAGAUCUCUGCUGCACAGGGAGUGUUUGAAUCCACUUUAUGAGCACUUCAACUUAAAAUAGUGACAAUCUAUUCUCUCCAUCAGUGAGGGUAAAAACAGAGAGAGUGCCCCUUUGGACUGCCUGUUUACAUGACCCGUCUUUAAGAGGAGGGGCGUCACUGUCCAGCUGUUUAGACUGUUUACUUCUGCAAUAAUUAGGCUGGAGGCUGGGGGGUGAGGGGGUGUUGGAGGAUUAGGGGCAGGGGGGGACUUGCACUGUGCACAACGAUACAACUUUUCACUUAAGCCUUCUCUAUCUACAGUGCCUUGUGUUGAGCCUCAGUUUGAAGACGCUUGUGUGGACGUAGAGUGUUUCAGAAACUCAGGCCAAAUGAAACAUAUCACUGAAGCAGUCUAAAGAUCCGACAAGUGUGUGCCUUAAACUUAGUUUGUGCAUCUUAAAACAGACAGAGUCAGAAUUACAAUUAAACACAACAUCAUUUGUUUUCAUAUUUUAUCUCUUAUAGCAAUAAAAAAUCAUUGUCAUCACCUACGACACAUUUAUGACACAUAUUUAUUCUCCUCUCUGAAAUGUAAAGAUGCCUCAUGUUGUGUAUUUAUGAGAGUUUGGUACUACAGUUCUGACCAAAGGUGUAUUUAUAUUGUUCUUUCCUGACGUCCCUUUGAAAGGGCCUGCUCUGUUCUAUGCAGUUUAUAUAGAGAUAUUUUUCCCACCCCUUGUUAUUAAAUGACGUUUGUUUUCCUUUUGAAUAAAUAACUUUUAAUUCCAAAAAUAAA